AUGUCCCCUGAGCUGUCCCCAGCUGUCCCCUGCCCGCAGGGCGAGCGCGGCUUCCCCGGCGAGCGCGGCUCUCCCGGUGCCCAGGGCCUGCAGGGGCCCCGCGGCCUCCCUGGCACCCCCGGCACCGACGGACCCAAGGGUGCCACCGGCCCCGCCGGCCCCAACGGUGCCCAGGGACCGCCGGGGCUGCAGGGGAUGCCCGGGGAGAGAGGAGCCGCUGGCAUCGCCGGUCCCAAGGGGGACAGGGGUGACGUCGGAGAGAAGGGACCCGAGGGAGCGCCCGGAAAGGACGGAGCUCGCGGUCUGACCGGUCCCAUCGGCCCCCCCGGCCCCGCCGGCCCCAACGGCGAGAAGGGCGAGUCCGGCCCCCCCGGCCCGUCCGGAGCCGCCGGUGCCCGCGGUGCCCCCGGAGAGCGCGGAGAGCCCGGAGCCCCCGGCCCCGCUGGAUUCGCUGGACCCCCGGGUGCCGAUGGCCAGCCGGGGGCCAAGGGCGAGCAGGGCGAGCCGGGCCAGAAGGGCGACGCCGGCGCCCCGGGACCCCAGGGACCCUCGGGAGCCCCCGGCCCGCAGGGUCCCACCGGUGUCACCGGUCCCAAAGGAGCCCGGGGCGCUCAGGGACCCCCGGGAGCCACCGGAUUCCCGGGAGCCGCCGGACGAGUGGGACCCCCCGGGCCCAAUGGUAACCCCGGCCCCCCCGGCCCCCCCGGCUCGGCGGGCAAGGACGGUCCCAAGGGGGCGAGGGGCGACGCGGGACCCCCGGGCCGGGCGGGGGACCCGGGGCUGCAGGGCCCCGCCGGCCCCCCCGGCGAGAAGGGCGAGCCCGGCGAGGACGGACCCGCGGGUCCGGACGGUCCCCCCGGUCCCCAGGGGUUGGCAGGACAGCGUGGCAUCGUGGGGCUGCCAGGGCAGCGAGGAGAGAGGGGAUUCCACGGGGCUUGCCCGGAGCCCCUGGCGAGCCCUGGAAAACACAGGGAGCGCCCUGGAUCUGCCGGUGACCGGCGGACACCCGGGGGGCCCGUGGGACCCCGGGGCAUGACGGGACCGGCGUGA